AGCUCUGCUGGGUGUCCCGCGAGGUGCAGCCGCGCACAUGGGGACGCACCGCAUCGUACUUUCGGGUCCCGGGCCCUGGGGCUUCCGCCUGGUGGGAGGUCGGGACUUCGAGCAGCCCCUCACCAUUUCGCGGGUGACUCCAGGUAGCAAAGCUGCAAUAGCCAACUUGUGUAUAGGAGACCAAAUCAUAGCCAUUGAUGGAGUGAACACAGAUAACAUGACGCACCUUGAGGCACAGAACAAAAUCAAGGGAUGCCCAGAUGAACUAACUCUGACAGUCAGCAGAACAGAGUCAAAAGUCUGGUCACCACUUGUAACUGAGGAGGGAAAAACACAUCCUUACAAGAUUAAUCUGGCCUCUGAACCACAGGAAAUAAGGCACGUAGGAAGUGCACACAACCGGAGUGCUGUGCCCUUCACUGCUGCCACAGCGUCUGCCCCCAGAGUGAUUACUGCUCAGUACAACAACCCAGCAGGCCUGUACUCCUCAGAGAACAUCCAGACCUUCAACAAUGCAGUGGAAUCAAAGACAUCACCUGGGGUCGCAGAGCCUACCAAGCUUUCAGAUCAGCAUAACCAGCCCCCAGGUGGCAUUGUCAUAGACAGAGAAUCUGAGGUUUACAAGAUGCUCCAGGAGAAUCAAGAAUCAAAUGAGCCACCCAGGCAGUCUGCUUCAUUCCUUGUGCUGCAAGAGAUUUUGGAGUCAGAAGAGAAAGGAGACCCUAUGAAACCAUCGGGAUUUAGGAGCGUCAAAGCCCCCACCACAAAGGUGGCCUCAUCGAUUGGGAAUGCCCAGAAGCUGCCCAUGUGUGAUAAGUGUGGAUCUGGCAUUGUAGGGGUGUUUGUGAAGAUCCGGGACAAGCAGCGUCACCCCGAGUGCUACGUGUGCAGUGACUGCGGCACCAAUCUCAAGCAGAAAGGACACUUCUUUGUGGAAGACCAAAUUUACUGUGAGAAGCACGCCCGGGAGCGGGUGGUCCCCCCAGAGGGCUACGAGGUGGUCACUGUCUUCCCAAAGUAAAUCAUGCUGCUCACAAAGCCUGUGUGGAUGGUUUGUUUUCUGCUGCUUUUCCUGGGAAAGUAUCAUCCCUGCCCACCUUGCCAAAUCUCAUUUAUAAUACAGAAUGCUAGGCAUGGCUUUGAAUUUCCUUGCCGUUAUUAAUCCUCCAUCUGUUCACAUGAGAUGUCAUUAUAUUCUUUUUAUCUCUUCUUUCACUGUUUCAUUUUUUUAAUAACAGAAUUAUUUUUGUUUUCCUCCUUUGUACUGUCAAUGACACAGGAAAAUCAGAGGCCAAAGUCAGAUUACAACUCUUCUGUGUCCCAGUUAUUUUGCAUUCAAUAAACAGGGUGAAUCCAAGA